GAUAUAUCAAUGCAACUCAUCAACCUCUUUGCUUCGCUCCUGAUCGCAUGCGCUGCCGGCAGUGCGAGCGCAACAACCCUGAAAUGGCACGUCGGUGCCCGCUGCACUGGCGGCGUUAUCGAGACAGUUUCCGACGGCAAGUCGGGCCAGUGCAUUCUCCUCGGCCAGGGCCGGACCGCGCGCAGCAUUUCCUUCAACGGCGCCAAGGGUAUCGAGUUCUUCGAGUCCGGCGGCAAACACGACGCCUGCACCAACGGCGCCCAGGCGAGCAGCACUCACAACUCGGGCUGUGUGACUGCGCCGGCAGGAUUCAACUGGGCGAGUGUUCGUGAGUCUCCGGUAGAUGGAUUUGGUUGGCGGUGCGCCGGCCGCGGUGGUUGCAAUCGAUUCAGUGUGGAGGGCGGUCUUGACAGCAGAGGUACCGAUAGGAAGGAAACGAUAACGAAGACACGUGAGCGUUUCGGAGAUGAGCACUCAGCCGCAGCGGUCGCGCGACUCGCCGCGGGAUCUGAACUUGAGGCAAGAAAAGAAUUGAAAGCACGCACACUGUCGAUUUUCACGGAACAUCAGGGCAAACCCUCUGCAGUUCUGCCUGGCAACACAAAUUCAUCGAUACAUUAG